UAAAGGCAGGUUAGAGUUUGGAAGUUUGGUGAAGAGAGAGAAAAAGAGAAACCCUUGAUGAGUUCCAAAAGAAACUGAGCAAAACAAAGUCCACGAAGUUACUUCGAAAUCUCCUCCUUCCUUCCCUCCUCACUCACCUUCUUCUCCCUCUCCCUCUCCCUCUCCCCUUGCUGCUGCUGCUGCUACUGCUACUCCAAUUUGUCUCAUGAAUCCCCACAAAACCGAACACGAUCUCUUCCACAAUCAUCAACAUGAUCUGGGCCCGCCUCCCCGGAUCAUUUCCACCAACCAAACUCAAUCCCAGCCUUCCAUUCAAGACGACCUCUCUCUCUCUGAAAUCGUCCUCUUCCGCUCCUCUUCUCCCGAGUCGCCCAGUCAGUCCUCCUCUGACAACGAUGACUCGUUGAUUCACCCGACUCACUCCAAUCCCAAAAGCAAUGCCCCCCAUAGCAAUCACGCACCGGCUUACAUUAACCCCGAGCCUCAUAUAUCCUCCCAAUUCUACACAUUCAAUGCUGAGUCUCACUCUCUUAUGAUUCGCUGCAUUCUCGAGCACCGCCUGGCCACUCCCGACGAGAUCCGCGCUGCUACGCCUCGCUCCGUCUUGAAAUCGUGGCGCGCUGUCUGGAAGGACCGCAACGAGGACACCGCCUAUGUGACCGGGUGGAAGCGCAUCCAGGAGAAGCUCACGGCCCACGUUGACUCCGCUUCCGGUAACGAAUUUCUUUGCUUCAAGAACAACUCUCAACAAUGUGUUUCUCAUAUUAAUCAGUGGCAAGAUAUUGUUAUGAGUUUUCAUGGGGAUGCGGAUUUAAAACACCUAGGGCUUAGAGAAACCAUAGAGAGAAUCAAACAAGUCUGGACUGUAGGGGCUAAGUUUUAUGGAAUUCCCGAGAGUUACAUUAGGGUUUGUGUUGCUGCUUGCCCUGUGUGCUCGGCCUCUGAGGGUUCUGGUUCCAGGAACAAGCGCCGUCGUUUUGAAUACACCGAGUCAUUUGAUGUUCCUGCUAAGGAGGUGCCGCAUAGGCUGCAGCAAUUGGCUACCAAACAUAAGGUUGUGCUUUGUAUUAGGCAAAAGUAUAUUAGGUAUAAGCCUUUUAUGGCUGAAGUUAAGGAUUAUGCAUGUCAUAGGGCUGGUGAGCCUGUAGCCAAGAAGUCUAGGAUGUUGAAGAGGGAGCCUUAUGCUUCAAAGAGAUGUGGGUGUGGGUUUAGGAUUCGGGCAAUCGUGCCAAUUACCAAUUAUAAUGAGAAGGAUAAGACAUUUGUGUAUCAAGAAGAGGGGAUGGCAGUCUUCAAACUAUAUGCGGUGCAUUCAGGCCAUGAACCUGGGCCUUUGGAUGGGAAUGCAAGGAUUAUGCAUCGGGUUGUUGGACAUAAAGGUAGCUUUAUGAUGGAUCAAGAAAUGAACUAUGGUGUGCAUGAGGAUGUUGACAAUGAUGGGUUUGGGUUGAUGGGGAAGGAUGAAGGGGACUUGCAGCUUUUUGUUUUGCAGCAGGUGCAGGAGUUGAGAAGUGAAAUUGGGUUGUUGGAAGGGAGAUUAAGAAAAAUCCCAAGUGAAUUUUUGGGUUUGGUGUCGCAGGAGUUGUUUCAUGUUGUUAAUAAAGUUAGGAGUAUAGGGGAAGACAGUUCAAAGACAAUUGGGCUGCUUUCACACAAGCCUCAUUCAAAUGAUGUGCUAGUUGGGGAAAAUGAUUUGCCGCACUGGGGUGAUCAUGAUCACGGAAGGAUAUAUGGGAAUGGCAAGGAAACAGAGUUGAUUGAUGAUGAUGAAGAUAGUUUUGGACAGACUCUUGGGGAUGUUGUUCCUUGGGACCAAAUGAGGACAGAUUGUAGGAGUGACAAAGAUCUGAUGAGUGAGCCUUGUAAGCCUGAAAAGUGGUUGAAGUGUAGCGAUUUUGAUGAGAAGAGCAUUCUUGACUGUGAAGAUACUAAACUAACCAAGCCCAUGAGACAUGAUGAGGCUAUAGUGACAGAUGUAGGUCUUAUACAGGUUGAUAGUUUCUAUCAAGAGAAUCCUAAAUGGUAUGAUUCUCCUUGUGGGUUAGACUCCAGUGCAGAUUGUGGGGGCAGUUCAUUCAGACAUGGGGAGAUUAUUUAGUGCCCUGGAUAGCUGGUUAACCCACUCUAACAUAGUCAUUGAGUUUAUAUCUUGCCCAAUGCCCAUUCAUUUGUUCUGUCUGGUGGAAAUGGGCUGUAAAUUUAUGUAUAUUGAAGAUUGGAGCUUCUCACAUGCUUUUAGGUAUCUUUGUUGUGUGUUGUUUUGUAAAGUAUGCCCAAUUGGGUUUUCUGCACAUACCUUACUUAUGACUAUUUGUAACCAUUUUCUGGACAUUUAUGACUUUCAGGUGGUUCCUUACUUCCUCUUAUAA